GGGCCUGUCUGGAACGGCACAUUUGGCUGUGAGAGGAACGAAUCUCGCCUGAGGGACUGUCCUGUUACUGCGCUGGGCACAACUGAGUGUCCCCUUGGGAGCGAAGCCAGCGUGGUGUGUUCAGGUGCUGAUGAGCUGAGGCUGGUGAAUGGAAGCAGCCCCUGUGCUGGGAGAGUGGAGGUUAAACACCAGGAUCAGUGGGGGACGGUGUGUGAUGAUGGCUGGGACAUGGCAGUUGCUGGGGUUGUCUGUAAGCAGUUGGGAUGUGGAGUUGCUCUCAGUGCCCAUCUUUUUGCUCAUUUUGGAGAAGGAUCUGGACAGAUAUGGCUGGAUAACACUGUCUGUCGUGGUACCGAGUCUGCUGUCUGGGCAUGUGAACACAACAGUUGGGGUGAUCAUAACUGCAACCAUAAAGCGGAUGCUGGAGUGACCUGUUCAGGACGCUUUGAGCCCCAGCUGAUUGGAGGGAACACUGCCUGCUCAGGACGUGUUGAAAUAAGACACGGAGACACAUGGACCACAGUCUGUGAUUCACACUUGGACCUCCAAGCUGCCAGUGUUAUCUGUAAUGAAUUAGACUGUGGAACAGUUGUAUCCACCCCAGGAGGAGCGCACUUCAGUGAAGGAUAUGGGUCAAUCUGGUCUGAGAAGAUCCAUUGCAUGGGGAAUGAAACACGCCUUGUGUACUGUCCCAGAGCACUGCAUCCUAAUGAGACAUGUUCACACGCGAGUGAUGCCAGCAUUGUAUGCUCGGGGUACGGCGGGUACCGGCUGGCAAACGGCAGCACAGGGUGUUCGGGGAGAGUGGAGCUUCGCCACGGAGGCACCUGGGGAACCCUCUGUGACUCCCACUGGGAUUUGCAAGAUGCCAGCGUCCUCUGCCAUCAGCUGAACUGUGGAUAUGCCAAGUCAAUCCAGGGAGGAGCCCAUUUUGGGGAAGGGAGCGGAACCGUAUGGAGAGACACUUUUCAUUGUGAAGGGACUGAAUCCUGCCUGUGGGAUUGUUCUCGCAUGGCCCUGGGCAACCCAGCCUGCUCCCCCAGAGACACAGCCAGGGUUAUUUGCUCAGGUCGUUCUGAGUCGCUCAGGCUGUUGAAUGGAGAGAGCCAGUGUGAUGGCAGAGUCGAGAUUUCCCUCCAUGGUGUAUGGAGCAGGGUGUUGGAUGAUCAGUGGGACAUGAACGAUGCCAGUGUGGUGUGUAGGCAGCUCCAGUGCGGAGUCGCUGAGAAAGCUUAUAACCCUCCUAAGUCUGAGCGAGGAACGGGCCCUGUGGGGCUGAGAAGGGUCCAGUGUGCAGGAAAUGAGACUCGUCUGACUCUCUGUGACAACUCCAUGUCUGAGACAGCCCAGGCAGGAAUUGCUGAGGACGUCGGUGUCGUUUGUUCAGGGAGCAGGCGGAUCAGACUGGUGAAUGGGACAGGUCGCUGCGCCGGGAGAGUGGAGAUUUAUUACCAUGGCAGCUGGGGGACAGUCUGUGAUGAUUUCUGGGAUCUAUCAGACUCCAAUGUCGUUUGCAAACAACUGGGAUGUGGACAUGCCAUCAAUGCUACUGUCUCUGCUCAUUAUGGGCAAGGAUCAGGGCAGUUCUGGCUGGAUGAUGUGAACUGCUCUGGGAAAGAAUCUGAUCUCUGGUCGUGUCCUUCCAGGGGCUGGGGCCAGCACAACUGCAGACACAAAGAGGAUGCGGGAGUUCUCUGCUCAGGUCUGGUCUAUCUGAGGCUGGUGAGCGACAGUGACUGUGCUGGGCGGCUGGAGGUUUUCUACAAUGGGACGUGGGGCAGUAUUUGCUCCAAUCAGAUGUCUCGAGUCACCGCAGCAAUUGUCUGCAAACAGCUGAACUGUGGGGAUGGAGGGCAGAUUGCAAGCGACUUUGAAUAUGGAGCAGGUUCUGGUCCCACGUGGCUGGACCAUGUUGCAUGCAGUGAGCAGCACAACUCCCUCUGGCAAUGCCCAUCAGGGCAGUGGAAACAGCAGUCCUGUAAUAACCGUGCAGAAGAGACCCAUAUUUCUUGCAAUGGAAUAAAAGAAAAACCAUCUCAGACCCUGUUUGCUGAAUGCCCGAACUCUACAAGCUGCACAGACCAGGAGAAGUUACGUGUCGUGGGAGGAGAGGACGGAUGCUCAGGAAGAGUGGAGGUUUGGUACCGUGGCUCCUGGGGAACAGUUUGUGAUGACUCUUGGGACAUGGCAGAUGCUAAUGUUGUGUGUAAACAACUGGGCUGUGGAUCUGCUGUAUCUGCCCCGGGCAAGGCUGCAUUUGGCGAGGGGACUGGUCCCAUCUGGAUGGAGAUGUUGAACUGCAGAGGGACAGAGUCAUCUCUCUGGGACUGCCCUGCCAAGCCCUGGGGUGAUAAUAACUGUGGCCAUAAAGAAGAUGCUGCUGUAAAUUGCUCAGGUGUGACAGAGAAGACAGAUUCACUGACUAGAACAGCUCCCCCGCGCCGCCCUCUGACUGACAGUGGGAGAGUCACGGUGCCCAUGAUCAUCUGCAUUAUCCUGGGGGCCCUGCUCUGCCUGGUCUUAAUCAUCUUGGGGGUGCAGGUGCAAAGUGCCAGGGCACAACGCAGAGGCUCCAGAAGAUCCCUGGACCCUUUCUCUGAGGCCGUGUACGAGGAGAUUGAUUAUAACCUGAUAAGAAAGAAGCAGAUGUUCGGUAGCUCAGUCUCCUUUUCAGAUGAUUCAGUGGCGAAGCUGCAGUAUUACACCGGGGAUAGUGAUGGGGAAAAUGAUCCUGCAUCAGAACAAGAAGGAGCUUUCCUUGGUGGUUCUCAGUUGGAUUACAAUAAUGUGGAGGAACCUGCAUCAAGCGACAUCCCCCAGACUCCAGAUGGUCAAGAGGUCCCUGCCCGGUCUGGAGGUGCCCCAUGGGAUGGUUAUGAUGAUGCCAGAGAUGCCAGAGAAGUUUCUUACACUGAAGAUGACCCUGCUUCUGGACCGAGUGCCCAGGAAGUCACUGUGGCCCAUGGGGACAGCGACAGGAACAGAGAUGAUCAGACUGGCUGGAGACUGCACUCACUAAGAAGUGAACGGGCCUCUGGGGCUGAGAGGGAUGCUCUGUCCCCACCUCCUCCUGAUGCGGGUUAUGAUGAUGUUGAUGAUGGUGCCUCUGGGACAUGAAUAUAAGAACGGCUGGGUUCAGAUCAAAUAUCCUGUGAGGAUGUAAAUGCUGUAUGGUUAGACUCUUCCUGUCCCAAAUGUUCAUUCACCUAUGGGGGUAUCAGAGAAAAUCUCUGCCUGGGAACUACUUGAAUCAGCUUUUUUUUAUUGCAGUUUGUUUAGAUGCAAGAAAUGUAAGUAUGAUUGAGAUGGGACUGUGAUUGUCCCCUGUAACUUCCCAUUGAUCAGACAGUCUCGAACUUCCCUGCUUUUGUGUUCCUAACAUUUCUUCAUUGUGAAUAUUUGCUUUUUCUUAUUAAACGCUUUUUGAAGAUCUGUUCCAGGGUUGAUGUUUUUCUCAUGAGGUCUGUUGGGUGGCUCCAUGGGGACCAACAGGGAGAGAGAUGGAGACUGAAUCACCAAAAAGUAAUAAUGUUAAAAUGUCACUUCUCUGGUAUCACCGGCUCCAGGAUGGGGCACUGCACUGAGAGUGAAUGUUCUAUCAGGAAUGUGGUAACAGUGAGAAACCCGAAAACAAAAUAUUCUUAACACCAGAGAGGGCCUUAACCACCAAUCCAGACUCUCCUCUGAAAUCCAGGAGGAUAAAUGGGAAGUUAUUUACAGGUACCUUAAUACGCGCAUGCACAUACAUAAUUAGUGAAAAGAGGCUCCUAACCUCUUCUCUGCCCUACAAAUUCUUAUACUACGCCCAUCAUUGUAGCACCAGAGCAUCUUAAAGAGGUGCAUUAAGUGACAUGAUUUUCUUCCAUCACAUGUGGUUCAUUCUCCAUCCUUCCCCCUGGGGAAAGAGCAUAUGAAUUCUUAUGGAGGGUUAUUUGUGGUUUUAUUGUAAGUUCAUAGCAGGUCAUAAAUUAGUGAAGGCAGGUUUUAGAAGGUCAUUUUCAAGUGAAACAGAAAGAGGGUACAGGUGAUUUGUGAUCCUGUGGGAGUUGGGUCUAGAGCAGAG